AUGCAGUGUGCAGAUCUUGAACUUUCACCGGAACAAAUUAUGAACAUGACACUUGCAAAAAUUGAGGACAAGCUUCAGGGUAAUGGAAGAUCUCUUAAAGAGUUUGACAAGAUGCCUUACCCAAGUUCGGACGUUAUUGAUGGCUUAGAGGAUCGACUCCUACUAGAUGAGCUGAACUUUGAUGUCGAUGCCCUAACUAAGGAGCUUAACAACAACCUAUCUAAUAUGAACAUAGGUCAGAGAAAAGCAUUUGAUGUCAUCAUACAGGCAGUCAAUGGUAACGCCGGAGGAUUCUUCUUUGUUUAUGGCUGCGGUGGUACCGGUAAGACGUAUCUAUACAGGACUCUAUCAGCUGCAAUUCGAAGCAAAAGGGGCAUUGUACUGAAUGUUACAUCCAGUGGGAUUGCUUCUUUAUUGUUUCCAAAUGGACGCACAACUCAUUCAAGGUUUAAGAUACCGCUGGAGUUGACAGAGGACUCAGUAUAUUGCAUUAAGCAAGGUACAUCUUUGGCCAAGUUGAUAUGCAAAGCUAGACUUAUUAUAUGGGAUGAGGCACCAAUGCUCAACAAACUUUGCUACGAAGCACUCGACAAGUGCUUUCGUGACAUCCUGAGCUCAGAACCAUAUUAUAAUGCAGAAUUACCUUUUGGAGGUAAGGUCGUGGUACUAGGAGUUGACUUUAGACAGAUUCUUCCAGUCAUUCCAAUGAGCUCCCGUCAGGAUAUUGUUCAUUCAGCUAUCAAUGCUUCGUAUCUAUGGCAACACUGUACUAUUCUAACCCUGACAGUGAACAUGCGUUUAACUAUUGGACCAACAGAUAAAGCUGUGGAUGAUGUUAUUGAGUUCUCAAAAUGGCUGUUGGAUAUUGGGGAUGGCUUGGUUGGGGAUUCUAUGGAUGGGGAGUCAGAGGUGCAUAUUCAUCCUGACAUAUUGAUACAUGAUUCAAUUCAUCCCUUUGAUGAUAUGGUUGAGUUUGUAUACCCUAACCUCUUGGCUAAUAUUAUUCAGCCAUCGUACUUUAAACAUCGAUCCAUCCUUGGUCUUACAUUAGAGGUGGUCAAUGAGGUAAGGUGGUCAAUGAGGUGA